AUGGACUUACUCGUUCACAUCUAUCUAUCUAUCUAUCUAUCUAUCUAUGAUCAAUCUAUCUAUCUAGUUAUUUCAUUCUCUUUUCUAUCUAUCUAUCUAUCUAUCUAUCUAUCUAUCUAUCUAUGUUCAUUUCUAUCUAUGAUCAUUUAUAGCUAUCUCUUUGUUCACAUAUAUCUAAAUCUGUUAACAUCUAAAUCUGUUCACUAUCUAUCUAUCUAUCUAUCUAUCUAUCUAUCUAAAUCUGUCCACGGCUACCUUUCUACGAAUGUCAGUCUGUUCAUUAUCUAUCUACCUGUUUAUCUAUCGAAAUCUGUUCACAUCUAUCCGUCUAAGUUUGUUCAUAUCUAUCUAUCUAUCUAUCUAUCUAUCUAUCUAUCUAUCUCAUUCUUUUCAUGCCUAUCUAUCUCAUUCUGUUCAUAUCUAUUUAUCUAUCUAUCUAUCUAUCUAUCUAUCUAUUUUUGCACCAGCAACAUCCAGUACGCUGUUAUACAUAUGCCUGUUUCUUAUCUAUCUCAAUUGACAAUCAAAGAGAUUUAA